UCGCUCUGCUCGCAGGGUUGUUUUCCCCAUUUGUGGUUUAGUGUGGGCUGUUGGUCAGUGUGUUUGCUUUCCUAUUUUUCAGGUGAAGCUCCAGUUGUCACAAUUUUUCCGAUGAGCGGAUCUAAGCGCGGAAGGAAAUCUGUCAUGGGUCUUGACCUAACAAAUAUCAUUGAUUCCCCACCAGGAAGUGCCGACUCGAGUGGAACUCGCAGAAGAUCCUUGAGAUUACGCCGCAAAUCUACAUGUGCAGUGUCCCAUGACGAACAAACACUACCAUCUAGAAGAUAUCGUCGAAAGUCUGUGAUAGACCCGCAAACUCAGACGGAUGCAGUUUAUGACGCAUCGUGCAACUCUUCUCAUUCGCCUGCCCAGAAUGAAAAGAAUGUACCAUGUACGGAUAUUUUUGCACAGCCAUGCUGUACUGCGUCACCCGAUAAGGUAUCUGUCUUAUCGCAAGAUGAAUUGGAAAAUGUCAGACCUCAAAGUCCUCCACACAUACCAUCAGAUAUUAAAGAUGUCUAUCUUCCUAAUAAGUAUACGCCCCCGAAACACAGGGGUUUGCCAACUAUUUUGGAAAAUUCUGUUGAGAAAAACCAACGCUGCCACAGGUUAUGCAGAAACACUGAGCGUUCCCCCUUACGAAGGCAGAUAUUUACAGGACAAACACUCGAAGAAGCAUGCAUCCCUACAGCUCCCGGCGUCGCCCCUCUGGAUCCAGAUCUUGUCUUAUCAACAACACGCAAGCGUAUCGCGAAGCGCCGGAGGCUUGCCAAGAAGUUAGGAUUUAAAGGUAUUACCAUAUCCAAAAAAACAGAAAAUAGGU